AAAUAAUGGACGAUUCCCAUUUCAACUCAUCAUACUUUUGGUCUCCCGUCCCCACUGUACAAGGACAGAUCGAGAACGCCAUGUUCCUGAACAAGGCAAAGGAGCAGCUAGGUCAAGAGAAGGCCAAUGCGGCCUCCUUCCCUCACUCCUCUGCAUCUUCCACCUCCUCCCCCCACUAUCCCACGGCUGUGCUCGCCAUCCCCGGCUCCGUGGACACAGGGGCCGGGGUGCGGGUGGUCCCCAAGCAGGAGGGAGGCAACAGUGGCGGCGGAUCUUUAAGUGUGGUCGGGGGACACCUGCACCAGUCGCACACCACCUCGCAGAAAAUCACCGUUGUGCCUGUUCCCUCUACGGGUAUCAUGACUGGCAGCGGGAUUAGUGAUCACACCCCUCAAGGACACACUGGUCCCCACGCCUCCACCACAUUCUGUUUUGUAGCUGGACAUUCAACUGCCACCACCAUGAUCGUGUCUUGCACUGCACCCCCUCAACAUACCAGACUCAAGAAGGGCAUUGGUGUCCCUCCUGCAGUUGUCAUGCCGACACCAUCGAAGCGGAGCAGGAAGAAGCAAACAGAUGUGGGAUAAGUUGGCUGGAGUGGGUGGGUCCUCCCUCCAGGAAGCGAUGCAUUAAUAUUGGCGCACCUUGCACCACCACUGCUUGACCCAUAUGACCUGUCAAACGAUGAGGAUGAUCAUACCAACAAAGAUGGUCCCAAAUCAUUACAGUGUCGGAUGUGUGCAAGUGACGUCUUCAGCAAGUCAGACAUGCAGAUCCAUGAAUCCCACACUGAGGCCAAGCCCACAACGUGCCCCCCACUGUUCGAGUCGUUGCAACUCCGCUACCUGUCCCAGCACAUCGCAAUCCACAGCGCAAAGCCCUACACCUGCACCUACUGCCAGAAAACAUUCAGGCAGCUCAGUCACCUACAGCCGCACACACGAAACCACACUGAGGCCAAGCCCCACAAGUGUCCCCACUGCUCCAAGUCGUUUGCCAACUCCAGCUACCUGUCCCAGCACAUCCGCAUCCACACCGGGGCCAAGCCCUACUCCUGCUCCUACUGCCAGAAAACAUUCAGGCAGCUCAGUCACCUACAGCAGCACACACGGAUUCACACCGGCGACCGACCGUACAAGUGUAACCAUCCUGGCUGUGAAAAAUCUUUCACUCAGUUGUCCAACCUACAGUCUCACCGUCGGCAGCACAACAAAGACAAGCCGUACAAGUGCCACAACUGUAACCGUGGUUACACAGAUGCUGCCAGCCUGGAGGUGCACCUGUCCACGCACACUGUCAAACAUGCCAAGCUUUUCUCCUGUGGCCUCUGUAACCGAUCCUAUACCUCGGAGACGUAUCUAAUGAAACACAUGAGGAAGCACAACCCCGACCCGCUAACUGUGGCAGCAACUGUAGCUGCUCAGCAGGCCCAGGGCCUUACGCCAGGGGGAGGGGGCAGAGGAAGAGGCCGUGGCCGAGGGAGAGGAGGUGGGGGCAGAGCAGGCCAGCUCCAAAGCCAGAACAACCCAAACAACAACUCCCAGAACCCUAACCCCGGACCCCCAGGCAGCUACCAGUCACACCAGCAGCCCACGGAAGCUGUGGUUCAAUGCCCUUUUGACCUCCACCAGUACAAGACAGUGUCAGCCAGCGAAAUCCAGUACAAACCAGUCACUGUGGCGGACCUGCCAGUGACCCACAAAGACCUCUGCCUCACCGUCUCCACAUCAGCCAUACAGGUGGAGCACAUGAACUCAUAGGCUGCGAGGCUGCGUCUUCCCACUCUGCUAGAGGAAUUACUAAUUGUGUCUGCAGUGUAAAAAGCUCCAUAUGAACAAGUAAUUUAACUGUAUUCAGUGUUAUUGUCUUCUUAAGCAAGAAAAAAUGACAAAUCGGGUGUAAAAGUUUACUCCCCCAUUCGUCAGAUCAUCUGGUUUAUUGAUACUUUUCUGAAUUGGAAAAUAUAAUGAGACAUUAGAGGCUUUGAAUGAUAUAAUCAACCUGAUGCCAGCUUUCUUGUCAUUAUGAGAAGCUUUAAUUCUGAGUACAACUUUAAAUUAGUUGUUAGAACACAGAUAUUUUACAAUGUGCUUCUCGAUUCCUGAGCCCACUUGUGCAAAGUAUCUUUCAGUAGAAAUGCUGGUCUAGGACACUGACAUAAGUAUUUUAUUCUUCAGCCUGGAACCACAUUCGUCCAGUUUGUGAAGACUUGACCAAAACCUAAUGUGAGAUUAGUUUUGGCUUUUAUAUUAUUAUGACUGAAAUCUAAAUUCUGAUUUAAUCAGCUAUGAGUAGAUGUAACAGUUAUCAACGUAUCUGCUUUGUAAAACACACUUAAUACACUGAUCCUAAACCAGCAGUCCUCUGAGAAUCUUGGUUAAAGAGGCUCCCUGGUGUCCCUUCUCUUCUUUUGUAUUGCGUUGUUUGCAGUGGGCAUCAAGGAGGAUGAAGAUGUAAAAUAUCUAUAAAUUACACUAUUCUCUGCUCAUUUAUGGUCUAGAGAAUGAUGUAUUUUUUCCACACAUUCAGAUCACAUUAAUCUGAACAUUCUCCAUUAUUUAGUUCAAGCCAAAACAUGGAAGAGAAAUGAGGAAAGGAGUGAGUGAUGAAGACUAUAGAGAUUCAUAACAGCAACUGAGAUUGGAUGGCAGCGGCACUGGUCUGGAAAAUGAGGAAGGACUAGGUCUGAAAAGCUUUUGUAUGACACUGCCCAAUGUGCUGUGGACAACAGAGGUUGGAUCAGAAAGACUGGACUGGAGCCUGAGAAAACCACAAACAAGAGGAGUUUCUGAAAGAAAACGAUGUGGCGUAUUAUGGGAUUAGGGUAAAGCCUGGGGCUGAAUCUCAAAGUGCAUUUCACAAAUCGUGAUGUCCUUAUUUACACCCAGCUCCCCUCGGACAGCGAGGAGUCGAGGAACCAUUUCUCGGUCUGAGCCCAAAGCAUCGAACAAAAGAGACGGAGCGGUUCGAGAAUGCACUAAAUGUGAGGAAUCUGCUGCAGAGCGAGACGAUGGAAAACGUGAGCGAUAAAAAAAGGGGGUUGGUGGGGUGGGAGGGGUCAUAAAGAAAGCACUUGAUGAAGCUUGUACUUCAUGCCUAUGUUUGUCAUCAUUGUACUUUUUUUUUUAAUAUAUCAUAUGUAUGUAUUUUUCUACCAACAGAGGAACGCGUGAACAAACCCAGAGAGAAAGCAAAGUGAGUGCAUGAAUGAGAGGGGAACAGAGAGAAAAGUCCUAACAGAGCAUUUUCCCCCUUUAUUUGUUUUUUAUUUUACUAUUCUUCAGUGAGUAACAGCCCAACUCGUCAUUGUCAGGGGAGUUGUUGGGGAAAUAAUGAUUGUGUGAUAAAAAUGGCUGACAGGUACUGUUAUCAAUCUUUUUUUAAAGAACUUUUCAUACAUAUUAUUACUACUUUCAUUAUAACUGUAAUGCAAAUGUUAUCCACAUUAUUAUCAAUUAUCUGAGGCAUUAUUGUAUUGCAGUAUGCUGUACAUAAAAUAGAUAGAAAAUACUUUUUCAUCUGUAAAAGGGAAGUAUGUCCUGUAUAAAGCAUAUAUGGAAACUAAAGGAACUCAAACGAACAAGUACCAAAUCAUUGGCUGUAUCCCAGGUAACCUCCACGCUCAGCAAAGCCUAUGAGAAUCGCCCAAAAGUUGGUUAAACUAUGGUUAAAAAAAAGAAAUGAUCUUACUGUAAUGUAUGACAGUUCCUGCACUGUCUACCGCACUCGCCCAUUGCACUUUGUGAUAUUCAUUUUAAUUGUGAUUAAAAUAAGACUGUUACGGCUGCUCAGAGACAUUUCCUAUUCAAACCAUCAGCGAGUCUAUAAUCUGCAGGAUGUGGCCCGAGCAAGCCAGUAAGUCUUAUUAAAGACGAAUCCAUGUAGUGCAGAGAUAGUCUCACCACUCAGAGAACAAUGGCUACAACAUAACCAGAUGAUAUUCAUUCAUUAUGAUGUAACCUGCAACGGUUUGGCCAAGUUAAACUGUGUUUAAUUUGUAAUAAUUAACAGGGACUGUUAUUGGGCUUAUUAGACGAUAUCGUUGUGGAGCUGUGAGAUAGUGACCCGCUGCCACCUGAUCCAGUUGAUCACUCCUUCAUGUCCACUUUUACAAGGUAUCUGUUAAUGAUUAAAUACCAUUAAAUGAGGCUGUGACAAAGGUGACCUGGGACACUGCUGCCAUGUUUUCGUGCACAAGCUAUCUCUACCCAAAUCAAAAUGUUCAAGCGGCCUGAACAACUGGCUGAUUGUCUUCAUGUAUACUCCUCCUUGUAUUUCAUUGUGUCUUUUUAUGAAAAAUAACACACUCUCAAUAUUCUUGUUAAUGUUAUUACUGAUGCUCCUGAUAAUAAUACAGUUAUUAACUGCCCUCUUAUGCUACACUCUCGCAUACUGUAUGCACAGUUACACCUCUUGCUCAUCUGAACAGACUGUUUCUUCCCUUAAGGAGAAUAAAGUUCGAAAACAGUUUAUGAU